CUUAGUCCACGAAGAAACCAAGAAAACUGACAAAAACAAAGGUUAUUGCUAUUGGGGGAAGAUGCUUAUAAUAAUAAUGUCCAUGCACACAAACAAUCCCAAUUAUAUAUAGAAUUGCAAGCUUUCAAGCUUCAAUCCACCAAUUAGCUUUGUUAUUUGCAGAAUAGAAUGCUUGCUUGAGGAGAAAGAACCAUGAACAUUCAACUAGGUGUUGUUAGAAUUUUGGUUCUCUCUAUCUUGUUCAUCCAUGUUAGAGCACAAAGUGCAAAUUCAUCACCAGAUGAUGCUGUAUCCAAUUUCCAACCUAGCCUUGCUGUUGUCAUAGGAAUCCUCGGCGUCAUGUUCUCGGUAACAUUCGUUCUUCUCAUGUUGGCGAAACUAUGCAACCGCAACAGGAUUUCGCAUCCUCUUCAUCAAAAUCAACAAGCAACACUUUUAAGGUCAAGGUCAAGAUUCUCAGGAAUUGACAAGACUGUCAUAGAAUCACUCCCUUUCUUCAGAUUCUCUUCCCUAAGAGGCUCAAAGGAAGGACUCGAAUGCGCAGUGUGCCUAUCAAAGUUUGAAGAUGUUGAAAUUCUCAGGCUUUUGCCAAAGUGCAAGCAUGCUUUUCAUAUUGAUUGCAUAGACCACUGGCUUGAGAAACACUCAACAUGUCCAAUUUGCAGGCACAAGGUGAAUCCUGAGGAUCAGGCAACCUUCACUUACUCAAAUAGUUUAAGGAUGCAGCUAGCAAACCAAUCAGGGCUUGGUGAAGAUCAAUCUAACAUAGAUAUCUUUGUACAAAGAGAACAAGAAAAUCAUGGUUCUUCAUCAUCAAGGUUCAGUAUUGGAGGCAGUUUUAGGAAAAUUGGAUUUGGAAAGGAUGUUAAGGAAGAAGAGUUUCCUAUUCAGAAAGUAGCAGAAGAAAAAAGUGAUGAUAGUUAUCAUAAACAUAACCACAAGAUUACUAUAUCUGAUGUUGUGUUCAAGCAUCGUUGGAGUAACGUGAGCUCUUCAGACCUCAUGUUCCUGAAUUCAGAGAUCCUUCAUGAUCAAUCAAGCAACAGAUUCAACAACUUGGAGUCAAAUGCAAUAGAUAAUGAGCAAAUUAUGAACAUCAAGGAAGAGAUGGAGAGGAAAAUUUCCUUUGAGAGUAAGUUUGGUGCAGGAAACAAGAACAAGACUAAAUCAGUUUCAGAUAACGAUCCUCUUUUUGCAUCAGAUUCUGCAAAGAGUUUCAGUCAUCAUGGACAAAAGUAUGUGAAUCAUGGUGAGAACAGAUCAAUGUCAGAAAUCACUGCUGUGUCUAGAUUUGGAAACUCUUCUUUUCCUGAAAACAAUCAUAAAGAGGAAAGACUGAGACAGCUUUGGUUUCCAAUUGCAAGAAGAACAGCUGAAUGGUUUGUAAAUAGAGAAAGAAGGUCUCAGCAAUCCCAGAAUAAAGAACAACCAUUAGAUGUAUAAUCCCUUAAUCCUCACCUUCCUGAGGUACACGUGUUUGAUUUUGGAUAGAUUCAUGUAGACUUUUUAGGCGGUUUUUGUUGAAAAUUAUAUAGUUAAGACAAGCAUGUACACAUUUAUUGUUUUUGUUUCAGUUCCUAUUUUCUUAA